AUGCGCUUAUCUCUCGCCAAGUCAGCAGAUAAUUGUGUUUAUUUCAUUGUCCGUCUUUCAGAACCCCUCCCUGCAUCCCUCACAUGUGAAUUGUCUCUUGCCGUCCUCCGUGCCCGACUGCGAGUGUGCACACCAUCUGGUCUGGUGCAUAUUCGUUCGGCCUGGCCGGCCCAAAGCCCCUUGAACUGGGCUUCUGGCACAGCCGAGGCAACAGGGUGUGAAGCAUGGCGUUUUGUCUUCCUUCCCACAUUGUCCGACUCGUUAAUGGCGGUUAUGCAAAUGCAGACUCCCCUACUCGAAAUCGAGAGCACUCAAGAGGAAAGCCAAGCCGGAGCGGACAGUGUCGUGUACUUUCAGCCGAUAAAUGCGGCUGAAGGAGACUGGAGAAGAAAGUUAUUCAUGACCACAUCACCAGUUUUCACGGCCGACUGCCGUCCUCCAGACAGACGAGGAUGUUGUUAUCCGGUAAAAACUGUCCAGCCUGGUACACAUACAACUGGCACAACCAACCGUGCACCUCAAGUACCCGUUUCACCUUCAGACGAGCCCCACUCUUGUCGAUCAAGAGACGACGGUUUGCGUUUCCUCAACGUCACGGCCAGGCCUGAUUGGCCGAGUUAA